UACAGUCUCUCCCCACCAGACACUCAUGAUACAGUCUCUCCCCACCAGACACUCAUGAUACAGUCUCUCCCCACCAGACACUCAUGAUACAGUCUCUCCCCACCAGACACUCAUGAUACAGUCUCUCCCCACCAGACACUCAUGAUACAGUCUCUCCCCACCAGACAUUCAUGAUACAGUUAGAUAAGGUUUCUGAAUUGACGUAGAAAAAAUAAAAAGUAAUAAAAACUGAUAUCAGAAGCGUGCCAUUAAGAGCCAGAGAAUGGAUUACAAUUAUUUUUAAGUGUGUGUGUGUGUGUGUGUGUGUGUGUGUGUGUGUGUGUGUGUGUGUGUGUGUGUGUGUGUGUGUGUGUGUGUGUGUGUGUGUGUGUGUGUGUGUGUGUGUGUGUGUGUGUGUGUGUACGAGUGGUCACAUGGGCGUGAGGGGGCGGCUCCAGAUGAGUGUAUAUAAGUGACAAGACGCGGUGGACGAACGGCAGCUUUGCGGGUCUACUAAGCACAGACAGCCAUGGAGCAGCAACAAGAAGAGAACCGCGUGGCUGGCAGCGAGGACCUCUUCUGCAGGAACUGUGAUAAGGAGACGGAGGAGGCCGAGGCGGUGCGCAUGGAGGGCCGCGUCCCGGAAUGGCUGGAGGGACGGGUCACGCGGAACGGGCCGGGCAUGGUGCAGGUGGGCGCCACGCACUACGACCACCUCUUCGACUCCCUCGCCAUGCUGCACCAGUUCACCAUUCAGCGAGGACGUGUUACCUAUCGUUCCAGAUUCCUUCGCAGCGACUCCUACACCAACAACACGCAGGCCAACAGGAUCGUGGUGGGCGAGCUGGGCACCGUGGCGUUCCCGGACCCGUGCAAGACUUUGUUUCAUCGGCUCAUGACAAACUUCUUCAAGCUCCCCGUCCCCGCCAGCGUCAUGUCCGACAACUGCUUAGUGAACGUGUGCCAGGCGAGGGACCAAAUGUUUGCCCUGACGGAGACCUGCUUCUUGCGGCGCCUCGAUCCAGACUCCCUCACGACGCUCGGGAAGAAGGAGGACAUCAGUAACUACGUGGCGGUCAACAUGGCCACGGCACACCCGCACAUUGACCGCGACGGGACGGUCUUCAACGUUGGUUGUUCCUUCUCGCUGCUCAACGGCCCCGAGCUGCGCAUCGUCCGCCUGCCCGAGGGAAAGCUAGAGGGCGCUCGUGUGUCGGCUACGGUGGUCAGCAGGUGGCGUGCGGCGUUACCCUACGUGCACAGCUUCGCCAUGACCAAGAACUACUGGGUAAUCGUGGAACAGCCUUUGGUUUUAUCGCUCGGGAAGAUGGUCCAGCAAUACGCGACAUUCGGGAGGCUGAUGAACGCCCUGACGUGGCUGCCGCAUGAAAACUUGAGGCUCCUGGUGAUUGAUAGGAAUACUGGAGAGUUGCUCCCCACCACCUACACGGGGCCGCCGAUCCUCCUCUUCCACCACAUCAACGCCUAUGAGAAGGACGGGCACUUGGUCGUGGACUUCUCCUGCACCAACAACAAGUCGCCCUACAACUGUUUCUUCUUCAGCAACUUCCGCAAACUCGACACAGACCCUUCCAAGGUCUUCCCGGACGCAAAGGCGUGUAGGUUUGUAUUGCCUCUGUAUAUACCGGCUAAAGGGGAGGUCGGCGAGCAGCUAGUGACUCUGAAGGACACCACCUGCACCGCCAUAAGAACAGAUGGCGGUGAGGUACACUGCUCGCCCGCUCUCCUUUGCCCACUAACAUUCGAACUCCCUAGAAUCAACUACCAGAGGAACGGCCAGCCUUACCGCUACACCUACGGCAUCACCAGCGGUUCAGAUUUGUACCUCCAGCGCCUGAUAAAGCUGGACGUGGUGACCGGCGAGACUUGGAUCUUCCACGAUAGAGGCUACGUCGCUGCAGAGCCCAUCUUCGUGCCCGCCCCCGGAGCCACCGAGGAGGAUGACGGGGUGGUGCUGUCUACUUUACUAAAGAUCAACGACCUCCGCUACGUGGCGCUACUGGUGCUGGACGCUAGGAACAUGAAGCAGCUGGCCAGGGUGGAGUUUACUGCUGAAGGGGAUGUGACGUUCCCUUUUCACGGGCAGUUUGUUGACCCCCGCCAGGACGUCCACGCUUACUGACAGAUCCAUGGCAUGACGAGGCAUAGACAGGGAGGAACACACUCCUCCAGAACAAGGAGAGACACGGUUAGAGGUGGACACGAUCACAGCUGCACCUUUUAGCUCCUAUUCCUUGCCAGAAGAGUUUACGCUUACACAAAGAGAAUAUUGCAGCUGUUCUUUUAC